AUGCCCAAGAAGUCAGGCUUGGGCUGGGGGACCUCGGGUGCACGAGGAGGGGCCGAGCCGGAGGCCCCCUCCGCGUCACCCUACGACAAGGCCGUGCUGGUCAGCGCCUGUGAGCGGGGCUGCCGCCUCUUCUCCAUCUGCAGCUUCCUGGCCCAGAGCUCCGAGCCCAACGCCACGCAGGCCGAGUGUGACGCAGCCUGCCUGGAAGCCUACGUGAAGGACACGGAGCAGCAAGCCUGCAGCUGGGGCUGCUGGAGCCAGACCACCCUGCCGGAGCUGCUGCCAGAAAGGAAGAGGAAAGUUCUAGAAGCACCUAGCGGGGCCGUCUCCCUCCUGGAUCUGUUUUCCACCCUCUGCAAUGACCUGCUCAGCUCUGCCCAGGGCUUUGUGUCCUCCACCUGGACGUACUACCUGCAGACGGAUAAUGGGAAGGUGGUGGUCUUUCAGAGCCAGCCUGUAGUGGAGGAGCUGGGAUCUCAGGACAGCCGGCUGCGGCGCGUGGAGCUGACGUGGAGGGGAUCUCGCCCCCAGGCCCUGGAGGUGCACGUGGACCCUGUGGGCCCCCUGGACGAGGUGCGCAAGGCCAAGAUCCGGGUGAAGACGCAUAGCAGAGCGCGGGCGGAGCCGGUGGAGCCCCAGGAUGGGGACUUCCUCAGCUGCAUGUCCCGGCGCUCGGGGCUGCCCCGCUGGGUCCUCUCCUGCUGCCUCUUCCUGUCCCUGCUGGUCACCUUGUGGCUCAGCUGCUGCACCCUGGUCUCCGCGCCGCGCCCGCACCUCAAGUUCCAGCCCCUGACCCUGGAGGCGGACUGGCCCCCCUACCCGACGGCGUCCCCCGGCUGCCCCGACAGCCCCCCGUCCUACAAACUGCGUCUGGACCUCACCAAGCUCUAGGCCUGUCUCUGCCGCCACCUCAGCCAAGGUCACGGGGAACAGGCCUGGGGCUUCUGCUCCCCACCCCACUCCCCCACCCCGUCCUGGUCCUGUCCUUCCUCCGCCCCCGGGCCCCAGGUGUGACCCUGUUCCUCCCUGUCCCUGUCUCUGGGGCAAGCUUUCGUCUAUCUUGUGGCUUCGGAGUGUUUGAGCCUGUUUGGUGUUGCCUUCCUCUCCCCCCCCACCCCCCACUCCCUUUGGGGGGUGUCUGAGGCCAUGGGGGGCCUUUGGCUCUGCUUCCCACUUUCCCAGCCCCCCC